AGAACUCAAAAGAGUUCAAGAGAGAGCGAGCGAGAGCGAGAGAGAGAGAGAGAUAGAGAAUUUUUAGGGUUUCAUAGCUGUAAUUAAUCUACGAUUUCGAAAAUGCAGAAGCUAGGGUUUCCAAGCAUGAAGAGUUUGGAUCAGUUCAAAUCCUUCGCAGGAUCUGCCACAGGAACCGCGAAGAGCUUCUCAUUCUCUUCGCGUCCUGCUUCGGAUUCAAUCUCAUCAGGAAGUUUCACGAAUUUGAAGCUCACAGCAGAGAAGUUGGUGAAGGAGCAAGCUUCCGUGAAGACUGAUCUGGAAAUGGCGAACAACAAGCUGAAGAAAUCGAUGGAUAAUAUCCGUGCAUUAGAGGAAAAAUUGCAGAAUGCUUUCAAUGAAAAUGCUAAGCUCAAGGUGAAGCAGAAAGAAGACGAGAAACUCUGGAAAGGAUUGGAGUCUAAAUUCUCUUCAACUAAGACUCUGUGUGAUCAACUCACCGAGACCUUACAGCACUUGGCUGGUCAGGUUCACGAUGCUGAGAAAGAUAAGGAAUUCUUUGAAGAAAAACUAUCCACAAGUUCAAUCGCUCUUGAUGACUUGAACCAACAAAUGCAUGAUCUGUCCCUAAAGUUAGAGUCUACAGAAGAAACUCUUGGAAUUCGUGGAAAGGAACUCGAGGAACUCAAAAUGGAGAAAGAGGAAAAAGAUAAACUUUACACAGAUGAAAUGUGUAGGACUGCCAAUCUCAUAGUGGAAAAAGAUGCGAUGAUUGAGAAGUUUGAGGCAACUGUAGCUGCCAAUAGAUUGGCGACAGAGAGUUUGAACUCUAAAUUGGAAGAGGUGCACCUUGAGUUGAAACUGAAAGAAGAUGAAAUUAAACAAUUAAUAAUCACUCAGCAGAACUUGGAGAAAGAAAAGAGUGAUUUCCAAUUGUGCAGUGAAGACUUAGCUAAAAAAUUAGAUAUUUCAUUCAAGGAGAUAAGAAGCCUCGAAGGUUUGGUCCAUGAGUUUGCUGCACAGUUGGUUGAAUUGGACAAAAAAAGCUUAACUUUUUCAGACAAGUUUGAUCAUCUGAACUCUCUUUAUGACUCUUGCCUUAAGCUGGUCCAGCAGGAGAAAGACCUUGCUGCAACGCAUGCCAAAAAACAAUAUGAUCAACUUCAUGAUAAGUUCUUAUGCACAACAUCAGAAAAAGAUGCAUUGCAACUAGUAAAUCAGGAAUUAAACAAUAAGCUCAUCGAACUUCAGAAAGUCCAAGAGUCUGUUAUGAAACAUCUUUCAGAGGAGUGCCGUUUAGCAGGGGAGAGAAUUCAAAAAUUGGAAUCUGAAGCAGAAACUCUGGUCUCAAAGAAGAUUGAAACAGAAAUGUUGGUGUCCAAAUUAGAGGAGAGAAUUGAUACUCUGUCAGAAAGUUCAAGAACAUCUGAGAAUAAAAUGCAAGAUUUAUUGCUGAAAAUUUCAGCAUUAGUAAGUGAGAAUAAAGAUAAUUCAGAGAAAUUACAGUCAGAGAUACAGAAAAAAGCAGAAGAAAUAGAUAUUUUGCAAAAGGAUAGUGAGAAACAUAAGCAGCAUGUAGAUUUGCAAGAGAAACAAAUCAGUCAGCUGCAUGAUCUCUUAAAGGAAAAGGAACAAUUUAUAAUGCAAUGUGAGGAGCAAGAGAAGAAGCUGGAAGAUCAAGUGAAAGAGAAUCAGGAAUUGUUGAUUGCUGCUGAAAGUAAACUUGCAGAAGCUAAGAAGCAAUAUGAUCAGAUGCUAGAGAGUAAACAAUUGGAGUUGUCAAGGCAUUUGAAAGAGAUUUCUCAGAGAAAUGAUCAGGCAAUCAAUGACAUAAGGAGGAAGUAUGACGUGGAGAAGCUGGAAAUUGUUAAUAUGGAAAAAGAGAAGGCCGACAAAAUUGUUUCAGAAAUGGAAAGAAAAUGUGACCAAAAAAUCACAGAGAGCAAAGAAGAAUCAAGGCAAUACUUGAUGCAUGUUCAGGAGGAACAUGCUGCUCUGGUGAGUCGUAUUCAACAGGAACAUGACAGAAAGGAACUGGCACUUAAAGCUGACCACACUGAAGAGCUAAAACGUGCUGAACUUGAAGCUGAAAAUGAAUUGAGAGAGAAAACAGUGUCGCUCAGGAAUGAACAUGAAGCUCAGUUGAGAGCUUUGAGAUGUGAGCAUGAAGAUGAGUGCAGAAAGCUGCAAGAGGAGUUGGAUCUUCAGAAGUCCAAAGAAGACAGGCAGAGGGCUUUGUUGCAAUUGCAGUGGAAAGUGAUGAGUGACAAGCCAAAAGAGGACCAAGAAGUGAACUCAAAAAAGGAGCACUCCAUUUCAUCAAUCAAGAUGAGAAAUUCUGCAGGCAGCAAAAGAAGUCAGCAUGCUCUGGAAAGACCAGAGGGCGAAGAGAAGGAAUCUCCUCUCUUGGGAGCAACACAAACACCGGUGUCAAAGUUGCUGAAGAAAGUAGAGAACGUAAACACAGGAAGUGUAAUGAGUAUUCCUAAGCAUCAUAAGAAGGUAACUCACCAUGAGUAUGAAGUUGAAACUUCUAAUGGCAGAACAAUUACAAAACGAAGGAAAACAAGAAGUACUGUCAUGUUCGAGGACCCAAAAAAACAUAAAAAGUUGAAUACACCAAAAGCGAAUACCCCCAGAAGUUUUGUCAAGGGAGUCAAAGGAGGUCAUCCACGUCCUUCGAACAUAGGUGAUUUGUUUUCAGAAGGGUCUCUAAAUCCCUAUGCAGAUGAUCCCUAUGCAUUUGAUUAGAGGUCAGAAAUUCUUUUUGGGAUUCUUUUGAACUGCUUCAUUGAUAGCAGAAUGGCAUUGUGGUAGAUGCUGGUUCUUCUCUUAACACUGUAAAUACGAAGGACGCCUGCUGUUUCACUUUGCUGGUUCUGAUUUGAUCACUUUGUCACUGAUGGACGUUAAACACUUCAUCUUUUGUAAAUGAAUGCUUUGAUUUUUGAAGAAUGACAUUACAAAAUUUCGUAAAAAAAGUGGAAUGUACUUAAGGCUGCAAUUAGUAUUCCAUAUUUGUAUGAUUUGGUUAGCCAUCAAUA